UAAAAAAAUUUAGGUUUGCAUCAUGCACAUUCAAGUCUAUCUUCAAAAACGUGAGUGACAGUUAAGGGGUUCAUUAACAAAGGAAAGGAUGUUGUUUCAGCUUGAUCAUGCAAUACUUUUAGGAAUUUUAACACCUCAAAGGAUCCACCCACUUGGGCUAAAAAUAGCUUGCCUUCUGGUGUAAACGCAUCUCAAUAUGAAACAAUGAACUUCUGCCUACAGAGCAUUAACAAUCCACCUCCCCGCCCCAGUGCUAUGAAAAGACUGCUGUGUCAAUGAAUAUGAUGCAACUUCCGAAGCAGAAGAAUGGUUCGCCUGGACAAAGCAUGCACUUCUAAACGUUCAAUGAGGUGCAUGACUCCAGCAAAAGAUUCAAAUUUUCUGUGUGUCACCUGACUCCACCUUUCCCCUCAUCGUCUUGAUGACUUGUGCUGAGCUCUUCACCUUCGUCACAGCCCAUUCCACUAAUAUACCACAAGGAAAACAGGGUCUGCAGAUGCUGUAUCAAGACAUGAGCGUGCUGCUGAAAUUAGUAUCUCAAGAAAGGGAUAGGAAUGAGAUGACAGACUUUGAACAAUCACUCACAUCUCUACCCUUGCUGAACUACAGAACAGAAGACCUGAAAUCACUCGAGGUGAGCAGUACAUUAGGACAGCUGUACUCUGGUAUCAAAUCCUUCAAGUUCCAUCUUGACUGGAUCCAUCAAAAACAAGAAGAAAUGGGGCUUGAUUAUCUUCAGACAAACAAACUUGAUGAUCGCAUCCAAAUCAUCACCAAAUUGGCACUCAAACAGAUUGGGACGGCACCAUCUGAACUGGUUUACCCUUCCCUGUCGCCUUUGAACACAGCCUGGAACUUGUACCAGGCCAAUGUGGAGAUCCUUGACAAACUGUAUUUCUUUUGCAACUGGUACAUUAGAGCACUGAGAGUCCUGAAACACAGACAACAGUGAUCAACAGCAUCAUAUGACACCAGUAGCCCUCAUCUCAUCUCCAUGAUGCCUGACUUGCCUUAAUGUUUGACAAGCUGGAAUGAAUGUUCCAGCCUUUGUAAGUCAUUCUCCAUUUUGACAGUGUUCUCCGAUUAACAUUUCCUAUGUAUGUUGUUAUUUUAAUUUUAUUCUUAAUGUAUUUAAUAUUUAUUGAGCAGUUCUUUGUUUACAGUUCUUUGUUUACAGUGAUUUUAUAGUAAAUGAGAGAAGUAGCACUUAGGAUCUAAGAUACAUAAUAUAUAAAAUAUUAAGUGUUCCAUUUCAAUAAGGGAAUUUGUAUGCAAAAAUCAGCUGCAGGCAGUUGCUUAUAAGGACCAUUAGGUGGCGCUUAGAAGCCAAUUACUGUGGUUAUCAAUAUGAUUAAUAUGAUUAUACAGUGUACAUAUAUAUAU